AUGUUGCUGGCCUUGCUGAGUCGGAAUGGCGUGAAUGUAGCUGGGAAACGCUUUUCGAUAACUUCCUUGACGGUCAAGAGGGCUUUUUCAAGAUCGAUGUCGACGCCAUUGUUGUUAUCACCAUCGCAGCUGCAGCAGUUGCUGCCUUCUACUGAUACCAAACAUGUAUCGAUCCUGGACUCUAGCUGGUUUAUGCCCAAUUCCCCGCGGAAGGCCAAUGAGGAAUUUCAAGAGAAGCGCAUCCCUGGUGCGCAGUUUUUGGACCUUGAUGAGGUGUCCUCUCCCCAUGAACUUGGCCUCAAACAUAUGAUUCCGAGUGAACGUCACUUUGCCGAUGCCUGCGAGGCCUUCGGAAUCGACCCCACUUCUCAUGUAAUUUUAUAUGAUACGCAUGGAGUAUUUUCAUCACCACGUGCACUCUUCAUGUUUAGAGCGUUUGGCCACGAGAAAUCGAGUAUCCUCGACGGAGGUCUGCCACGUUGGGAGGCAGAGGGUUUUCCAAUUGAGGCUAACGCCCCAGCUCGUACCAGUAAAUCCGUUUAUCCCACUCCUGUCUUCGAUAAGGGAAUGAUACGGUCCUACGAUCAAAUGGUGUCAAACUCAUUUACGGAUCUUCACUCGGACCCAGCCGUUGAGCUCGUUAUUGACGCUCGUUCCCGUGGUCGCCGCGGCCAAGGCUUAUCAUCUGGUCACAUUCCUCAUUCGUUCUCAUUGCCAUUCACUGCAUUCCUGCAGACUCGUAACAUCCCUAAUUCGUCCGUACAAUACACCACCUUCCUAUCUCUUCCGGAUUUACGGAAUGCAUUGGUGAGCCACGUAGGCGAUCACGCGGAAGCCGUCAUGCAAGGCAAACGACCAAUCAUCACAUCCUGUGGAAGUGGUAUGACUGCGGGAGUCCUCUGGUUAGGACUGAAGUUAUUGAGUGUCCCAAAUGUAGCAUUGUAUGAUGAGUCUUGGACCGGAUAUGCGAGUCGGGCAUCUAGCAAGAUCGAGAAGGCGGAAAACUAAAUCUUCCCUUUUUUUUAAUCCUUGCCACAAAUAUGGAAGACCUUGAAAUGUGUUCUCGUUGAAAUCAACUAUCUGUCAUUAUGUUGGUGCGUCAUAUACAUGAGCUACUAAUGUGGUGCUACAUAACCAUUUGCUAUUUCCAUGUUUUCCUGCUAUUAAUGUGGACCUAAGAUAUACAGUGAUCUGCCGAAUCCUCCACGGCUAAAAAUACGAUACUCAACAAUUACCCACGCUGUCCGUGGAUUAACAACUUUUUU